CUGCGCUUGGAUAUGACGCUCAUCUUCGUGCUGGCGUUUACCGUCAUCACGCGCCUCUGGGCUCUCCACGCGCCCUCGCAAGCCGUCUGGGAUGAGGUUCAUUUCGGCCGCUUUGCUGGCGAAUACAUUAGGGGCCGGUUCUUCUUUGAUCUGCACCCGCCGCUCGGCAAGCUCAUCUUUGCAGCUGUGGCCUGGUUGGGCGGUCAAAAGACGGCUUUUACAAUGAGCAAGAUUGGCGAUGCUUACGACGGCUCCACCGUGCCAUACCUGCUGAUGCGGCUCGUGAGCGCCAGCUGCGGCAUUGCCAUUGUACUGGUCAUCUACUUGCUCUUGCGUGGCCUGGGCUGCUCCCGAUGGACCUGUAACUUGGGUGCUUGGCUGAUUGCCGUGGACAAUGCCAGCUGCAUCCUGUCACGCCUCAUCAUCUUGGAUGCCCAAUUGGUCUUGGCCUGUCUGAUCACCAUUACUGCCUGCGUGUGGAUGACGCGCUUUCCGCGCUUCAGUCGAUCCUGGCUGCUGUGCUUGCUCCUUUCGGGCCUUGGCCUAGGCAUCACCACUAGCAUCAAGCUGGUGGGCCUGGGUGCUGUGGGCAUUGUCGGCUUGAUCACACUCCACGAUCUCGGACAAAGACUGCAAGAAGUGCUCCACAAGCCGACACGGGCCACGGUCCAGCGAUGGCUCGCUGACUUUGCUCUUCGGAGUAUCUGCCUCGUUGCCCUUCCCUUGGCCAUCUAUGUGGGCACAUUUGCUCUCCACCUUGCCCUCUUGCCACGCUCGGGUACUGGAGAUGCCUUUUUCAGCAAGCCGUUUCAAGCCUCACUGGACGGCAACAUUCAUAACCUACCGCUGGAUGGCCCGCCCCAACUGGCCAACGGUUCAGUCGUCAGCCUUAGAUCCCUGCAUGGCAGCUCGGCCUGGCUCCACUCACACGCUCACCGAUACCCAGUCUACCCCAACGGCACCGACGGUUUAGUCAGUAGUCAUCAGCAACAAGUCACCGCUUUCUCCUUCACCAACGACUAUAACAGUCUUUGGCGACUGGAACUUGUUCGCCAAGGCGAGUUUUCACUGGCAGCUAAGCCAUUAAUCAGCACUCCCUCUGAUUUACCUCAACUUCUCUAUCAUGGUGAUCUGAUUCGCCUGGUUCACGUCGCCACUGGCUUGCCUUUGCACACCCACGAUGUGGCCGCACCCUUGACGCCUACUCUGCAGGAAGUUUCAUGUUUUGCACCAGGGGAUCACCGCGUGCCCCCAGGUCAAGUUGGCCACCAGCCCAAGAUGGAUAUCUGGCGCAUUGACGUGACGGAUACAACAGAACCAGAAGUACUGGCCCUUCGAAGCGCUUUGCGCUUUGUCCAUGCAAACACAAGUGCUGCUCUGCUGAUAUCAGGCCAGAAUCUGCCUAGCUGGGGCUUCUUUCAACUCGAAGUUGCAGCAACACGAGACAUUAAUCAGGUGUCAACCCUUGCAUGGACAUGGGUUGCAGACCAUCAUGUUCAUGACCAAUUGCCCAAAGCAUCCAAGGAACACGUGCCAGAGAUAUCGUUUUGGGGAAAGCUCGUUGAGCUUCACCAAGUCAUGUACGAGGCCCAGAGCCGCUUGAGCAAGCAAGCACACGCGUAUAGCAGCCCGCCCUUGAUCUGGCCACUUGUCUUUCAAGGCAUUUCCUUUUGGCAACACCCAGAGAACAACCAACAGAUCUAUCUUCUAGGAAAUCCGCUAGUGUGGUGGCUUCUUUCCGUCGGGCAUGCCACCCAGUGUGUUCCGACGCUUGCUUUGGUCGUGGAUUUAGAGUCGAGGCGGGAGUUUCGAGCACGUAUUUUAUUUACUCACACAGCAUUUUUCCGCAGGUUGGCCUGGGGCGUGGGCGUCUUGGGCGCUGGAUGGCUUAUCCUGUACUUACCUUUUGUGCUUAUGGAGCGUCAGCUGUUUCUACACAGCUAUUGGCCGGCCCUAUGCCUGAGACAAGUUCUCGGGCCACGCAAGAAAGCAAACACACACACACAC